AUGGGUGUCUGGAACCCACUCAGACUCCUGAACCUCGCAGCACUGAGCCUGCUGAGGGAUGAAGCCUUGGCCAUAUCCACUUUGGAGUAUCUGCCCACUGAGCUCUUCCCACCGGUGUUCAUUUUGGCCUUCUAUGGGAGACACAGUGAGACCCUGAAGGCCAUGGUGCACGCCUGGCCCUUUGUCCGCCUGCCUCUGGGGGGUCUGAUGCAAAUGCCUAACCGGGGGACCUUACAAGCAGUUUUGGAUGGGAUUGAUGUCCUACUUGCCCAGAAGGAUCGCCCCAGGAGGUGCAAACUGCGGGUGCUGGAUUUAAGGAACACUGGCCAGGACUUCUGGAGCAUGUUGUCUGGAGACGGGUCCCGUGGGUGCUCAGGCUCACUGAUGGCACCAGUGGCUGAGGACAGGUCAAGGACAAAGCAGCCCUUGGCUCCCUUGGAGGUGUUUGUAGAACUUUGCCUCAAAGAAAGUAACCUGGAUGAAUUCCUCACCUACCUUAUGAGUUGGGUGGAGCAGAGAAAAGGUUCCAUACACCUGUGCUGUAAAAAGCUGAAGAUCAUUGUCAUGCCCACAGAAAAUAUUACAAAGGUCCUGAGUACGGUGCAGCUGGACUGUAUCCAAGAGGUGCACAUUAAUAGCACUUGGAACCUGUCGACCCUGGCCACGUUUGCUCCUUUCCUGGGCCAGAUGGGUAAUGUGCAGAGACUCCUUCUCUCUCACAUCCACUUGUCUGCCUUUGAGGAACAGCAGCAGCAUGUUUUCCAAUUUACCUCUCAGUUGCUCAGACUUCACCACCUCCGUGAUCUCUAUAUGGAAUCUCCCUCCUUUCUGGAAGGUUGCCUGGACCAGAUGCUCAGGUGCCUGAAGACCCCUUUGGACAACCUCUCGAUAACCAACAGCCUGCUUACAGAAUUAGACUUGACCCAUCUGUCUCAGUGCUCAAACAUCAGUCAGCUGAAAGGCCUGAAUCUGAGUGGUGUCACGCUGACCAACUUUAGUCCUGAACUCCUCCAAGUCCUGGUGGAGAAAGUUGCAGCCACCCUCCAGGAACUGGAGUUAGAUCUGUGCGGGAUCAGGAACUCCCAACUUGAGGCCAUCCUGCCUGCCCUGAGCCGCUGCUCCCAGCUCAGGUCCUUCAGCCUGUGUGGGAACCUCCUCUCCAUGGCCAUCAUGGAGAAGAUGCUGAGACACACAGCUGGGCUGCCCUGUUUAAGUCAAGAGCUAUAUCCUGCCCCUCAGGAGAGUUACAGCUCUCAGGGUAUCCUCCAACCGGGGAGACUUAUCCAGCUUCAGGCUGAGCUGUUGGAGAUUCUGAGAGACUUAGGAUAUCCCAGGACCAUCUGGAUCAGCUCCAGCCCCUGUACUCACUGUGGAUACAACACAUUCUAUCAUCUGGAACCUGUUGUGUACGGCUAUAAUACCCCUGCCUAG